UUUGAAGGCUGCACUGCUGGAUCUUGAAGUGCUUCCUUCUGCAGUCAGUCCACUCUGCUAAAGUUGCCUGCUGCUCAUCUGCAGACAUGGCACCUGUGCUCCAAAUGUUCACUGUCAUCAUCACAGCUGCGGUCCUGACAACUCUGACAUCAUCCCACAAACUUAAAGAAACCCUUUAUGCGGUGACACUGAGCUCCCGGCUCAGAGGAGGGUAUCAAGAGAGCCUGUGUGCACAGAUCCACGACCCCAUAGAGCCCAUCUGUCUGACUGUUAUCCUACAAAUGGAGACGGGUAGAAAAAAAAACGUCAUCGUGGAGACAUCGAUCACACGAGACUUUUAUCGCUGCUUUGACUUUAAGGUUCCUGAAGUGAGCAUGAUAACGGUGGCGAACGUUAUUAUUGUUCUUGAGGGUAGGAAAGACACAAUAACCAAGAAGACCAAAGUCCUCAUUGAGCCGCCUACUUGCAUCCACAUUGUCCAAACUGAUAAACCAAUCUACACGCCUGGACAGCCUGUCAGGUUUCGAAUGGUCUCAUUGGAUACAGAUUUCGUCCCUAAAGCACGAGUGUACGAUUCAGUGGUGCUCCAGGAUCCAAAUUCAAAUCGCAUCGCCCAGUGGCUGGAUAAGUCUAUUGAUGUUGGCAUCCUUGACUUUUCACACCCAAUGAAUUCUGAUGCCGAGCAAGGAACCUACACGAUCAGCGCCAUCACAGACAAAGGAGAAAAAAUAACUCACACCUUUGUUGUCAAGGAAUUUGUCCCGCCAAAAUAUGAAGUUACAGUUCAACUGCCCAGCAUGGUCAGCGUAAUGGAUGAAGAGGCGCCGCUAAAGAUUUGUGGAAAGUACACCUAUGGGAAACCAGUUCAAGGUUCAAUCAAGGCGGUGUUCUGCCGAAUAGGCUCCGUUUACUGGUAUUAUAGGACCAAAGACAUAAACCCUUGCAAGACUUAUAAUAUGACAACGGAUAAAAGCGGUUGUGCUACACAAAAAGUGAACAUGGCCGAGUUUUUCCUCACCAACUUCAUGUACAUCAACAGCUUCGAGGUGACUGCUGAACUGGAGGAGUUUGGCACAGGGGUCACUCUGAAAGGAGACGCACGGAUGACUAUCAACAGGUAUGUCAGAUCGGCCUCCUUCAUGGAGACGCCUGUAGCAUACAAGCCUGGCCUCACGUUCGAAGGAAAGAUUAAAGUAAUCGGUCCAGACAACCAACCUGUCUCCAAUGCCUAUGUGACCCUGUCUACCUCUUCCUCACAAAGAGUAAAACUUACUACGGACACAAGCGGCAUGGCGUCAUUUUCCUUGGACACAAGCCUCUGGAAGGACACUGUUUCUCUAACGGCUACGCCUGAGAAGAUAAAGAUUCCUACAUAUCCAAAAUACAACGCAUACUACAGUUCAGCCUACCACAGCGCUUUGAGAUUUUAUUCCAUGAGCCACAGCUUUCUGAAGAUCAUGCUGGCCGAUGGGAAGAUCUCCUGUGACAGAGAUGCAACUGUGCAUGCUCAGUACAUCAUCCAGGGGAAGGCGCUAAGAUAUGAGACAGACACCCUGACCUUUUUCUACCUGGUGAUGUCUAAAGGGGUAAUGAAGCAAUACGGCCGCGUCCAUGUGUCUGUUGAACAUGUAAUUGUCAACAAAGGAGAGUUGUCUAUAACACUUGGUCAGGUCACAAAACUGGCACCGUAUGCUCAGGUGAUCAUUUACACCGUGUUGCCCAGUGGAGAGGUUGUGGCUGAUAGCAUGAACUUUCCUGUUGAGCUCUGCUUCAAUAACAAGGUGUCCCUGAAGUUCUCCUCCGUCCAGCAGCUUCCAGCAGAGGAGACCAAGCUCCAACUCAACGCUGAGCCAGGCUCCAUGUGCUCUGUUAGAGCCAUCGACCUGAGCAUCCUCCUGCAGCAGCCAGAGCAGGAACUCACUGUUGACUAUAUGUAUAACCAGCUGCCUCUGCAGAUGCUAUCAGGAUAUGAUUAUAGGGUUGACGACAAUGAGCCAUAUCCAUGCGAGGGCGGUGAUCCUGAACUUUCGCCUGGACCUUCGCCUGGGCCUGUAACCCUGCCCUUUCAGCCUAUUGUUCCCGAUAUUAAAAUCUGGACGCCCUAUGUGCUCUAUGAGCAGAAUGACGCUUUCAGCAGAUUUAAGGAAACUGGAACUAAACUGUUGACCAAUAUGCUUUCAAAAAAACCUCGUGACUGCAGUCCGGUGCCUGCCUUUUUUUCUUAUUUUACUCUGGAUUCUAAAAUUAUGAUGCCUUUUGUGGUCCCUGACACACUACAGAAUGUCCAACCCAGUGAGGCUCAGGGGAACCCUGCCCCACCAGCAGAGGAAAAGGUUGAGGAGGCCACCAGGAGUUUCUUCCCUCACACCUGGAUCUGGGACCUGGUGAUAGUGGGAGACAAUGGUUCAGUCAAAUUGAAGGAGACCGUUCCUGACACCAUCACUAAAUGGGUCGCCGGAGCGUUCUGUGUCUCGUCCUCUGAGGGCUUCGGCGUGUCGCCCAACGUUGGACUGACCGCCUUCAAGCCGAUUUUUGUCAGUCUCACGCUGCCUUACUCCGUCAUCCGGGGGGAGUCAUUUACGCUCAAAGCCACCGUCUUCAACUAUCUCUCUGAUUGCAUUAUGAUGAAAAUCACACUGGCUGGCUCAGACCAGUACACGUACCAGAAAUGUGCUGGCUGCCAGUACAGUGUGUGUCUGUGUGCUGAAGAGAGCCUGACCUUCUCAUGGAUUGUUACUCCAACCGCCUUAGGUCAGGUGAAUAUGAAGGUCAGCGCAGAAGCUCUGAAGACCGGCAAACUGUGUGGAGAAAAACCAACCACUAUACCAGAAAAGGGCCAAGUGGACACAGUGAUCCGCGACCUGCUGGUGGAGGCUGAAGGAACCCCACAGAUGGUCAGUCAUAGCGCCCUCCUCUGUCCUGCAAAGGAGACUGUGGAGGAGAACAUGUCUCUUGAGUUGCCAAAGGACUAUGUCGAGGGGUCAGUCAGGGCUUCGGUCUCUGUUCUGGGUGACCUGAUGGGCACGGCCUUGAAGAACGUGCAGGACCUCCUGAGGAUGCCGUAUGGCUGUGGGGAGCAGAACAUGUUGAAGUUUGCUCCCAACGUUUUUAUCCUCGACUACCUGAUGAGCACAAAUCAGCUGACCAAGGACAUCCUGGAUAAAACAGAUGAUUACAUGAAGUCAGGAUAUAUGAGGCAGCUUCAAUACAAACAUCCUGACGGUUCCUACAGUGCCUUUGGAACGGGAGAUAAGUCUGGAAAUACUUGGCUGACCACUUUUGUCAUGAAGUCCUUCGGCGGGGCGAGCUCGUACAUCUUUGUGGACAGCGGGCACAUCGACCACGCCAAGAAGUGGCUCUCUGGACUGCAGCGUACUGACGGUUGCUUCAAUUCUGUCGGGAAACUUUUCCACAACGGCAUGAAGGGCGGAGUGAGUGACGAUGUGACUCUGACGGCUUACAUCGUUGCUGCCAUGUUGGAGCUGGACAAUGAUGUCACAGACCCCGCUGUGCUGAACGGUCUGCUCUGUCUGAAGAGUGCGCUGAACGGCACGGUGAACAACCUGUACACCACCGCCCUGCUGUCCUACACCUUCACUCUGGCUAAUGACGAAGCCAUGAGGAUGAAACUCCUCACAGAGCUCCACCUGAAGUCAGAAGCAGCAGGAGGCACGCGUCACCUGGUCAGAGUUGGGGCUCCAACAACGCAUCUGGACUCUCUGGAGGUGGAGAUGACCUCCUACUUUCUCCUGGCUCUGCUCUCUGGUCCCACCCUGCUGGACUUCAAUCUGGGUUACGCCUCCAGCAUCGUCCGCUGGAUUAUUAAACAGCAGAACCCGCAGGGCGGCUUCUCCUCCACACAGGACACCGUGGUGGCCCUCCAGGCUCUGGCUAAGUAUGCUGCUGCCACCUACAGCAAGGAGGGCACCGUCGCAGUGACAGUGAGCUCCCCGAAAGGCCAGCUGAAAAAGUUCACAGUGGACGAGAGCAACAGGCUGCUGUACCAGGAGGAAGAGCUGAGCGACGUGCCCGGAAAGUAUGCGGUGAGGGCCAAGGGAGAAGGCUGCGCGCUGGUUCAGAUCUCAAUGUUUUAUAACAUCCCCCCUCCCCCCGACACCUCCUCGUUCAACAUCACCGCCACCCUGCUGGGCAUGUGUGACAUGCAGCAGCCUCAGCUCCUCUUCGUACUCGUCAGGUACCAGGGCCCAAGAGAGGAAACAAAUAUGGUGAUCAUCAACAUCAAACUGCUGUCAGGAUACAUUGUGGAGGAGAGCUCUGUGCAGCUGCUAAAGGACAAUCCCUUGGUGAAGCGUGUGGAGGUGGAGGCCGGACACCUCAUCAUCUACGUGGACGGGAUGAUGCAGGGGGAAGAAAGGCUGUACAUUGUUCUCAUGCAGCAAGAUCAGCCUGUCAAGGACCUGAAGCCUGCUGUGGUCAAAGUCUUUGACUAUUACCAGACAAGUGAUGAGGCGGUCACUGAAUACACCACGCCCUGCAAAGAGUGAUUGCAAUAAGGACUUGUAAAAACCACAUCUGCAAAACCCAACGGGACUAUAUUUAGUUUGAAGAAACUGUGCAAUGAUUAGUUUUCUUCGAUCAUUUUCUUCUCAGUUCAAACUUGGUGUCUGGCUUUGUUUUCUUUCAACUGCAUUUCUCUAUUGGUGUACAUUUAGGAACUUGUUUCUUUAGGGGGUGGGGGGGUUACAGCUGUUGACUGUCCUUGCUUUAGUCCUUCCAAAUGUGAAUGUUAGGCAUCAACAAUAAGUCAACAUUCAGGAGAUACUGCUGUCUCUCUUCUCAUCUCUGCAACCUUUACAAUAAAUCCAGCAGAGUUCAAGAAAAGCAGCGGACAGUUCAUUUUCAAUAUAUUCAACAAAAUCCAUAUGAUUCACAUGUGAAAGAAACACAAGUUAUAGACAGGGUACCAAUAACACAGUAUGGUCCGAGUAUUGAUUAUGAAUGUGUUUGUGUGAAACAGGAUCUACUGUCUAGUGUGUGUGUGUACGUGCGUAAAAGCCACAUUGAUUCAUCACUACUGCACAAUUUGUAACUGGCUGACAAUAACAUUUCUAAAAUGACAAAA